AUGAGCAGGGUCAUUGGCGGGGCGGUAAAGCGUUUUGCGAGGUCGCGAAAGAAGGAGCAGGUGACGGUGGUGCAUGGUAAUCCGUUCAAGACAUACAUUCGGGCUGGCCAGGCGGCCCCAUCUCCUCCGCUGGGCCCCCAACUCGGCGAACGAGGCAUUAACGCGGCUAACUUCUGCAAGGAAUUUAACAAAAAGACCGAACACAUCAUCGAGGGCGUACCGCUGCCCACUCGUAUCUACAUCAAGCCAGACCGAACGUACGAAUUCGAGUUCCAGACGCCACCUACCGCCUGGUUGCUGAAACAGGCGGCUGGCGUCAGUAAGGGUAGCGGAAAAGUCGGCGAGCUAGCUGGAAUGGUGACCCUGAAGCACGUUUACGAAAUCGCUCGUGUCAAAGUGCAGGACCCAGUGAACAUGGGCACGCCUCUAGAGACUAUGUGCCGUAUGAUCAUUAAAAGUGCCACCAGGUGUGGUAUCAAGGUCGUCAAGGAGAUAGAUCCCGAGCAGUACUUGGUAUUCCUGAAGGAACGGGAAAAGUACCUGAUCGAACUGCAACAGAAAAUGAUUGAAGAAAAGAAGGCUAAAUUAUUGAAAACUGCUUAA